AUGUCCAAAUCUGUAGCAGAAGGGCCUGGACGCUGCCCACGGUGUAAGUUCUUACAGCAAAGUAGUUACGAGUUCAUUUGUAAAGCAAAAGUAGGCUUACUUCAUGGAAUGUCCUAGAGGUGCUGCCACCGUAAAGUCAAGCGUUUCUCAGUAGUAUGACUAGUAAUGCCUUACUCCUUCCCAUGUUUUAGAAUGACUGACAGUUAACCGAAACAACAAGUGAAAUAUUAUUGCCUGCUGGCAUACAUUGGUAGGGAAAUUUUCUUGACAACCAACCUGACUUGAUAAAUCUCAUGAAGCAGACGAUGUUUGUAAAACUACAGUCGAAGUAGCUUCCUUAGUCACGUGGAGCUAGCCGCUUUAGCCGUGAAUUGUUUGUUCGAUGAAUGAAAGAAGCAAAGUAGGAUUUUGUCUUCGACUGUACAUAACUUUGAUCAAUUGCAAUUAAUUCUUGCAAUAUAUAUAUAUUUUUUAUGAGCCCAGAUUGGUCGCUUUUAGGUUUUUAAAUCAAAAAUUAAAAUACCAAUUUUUAGAAGGGCAUCCUGUCCCCUUUUACAUGGAAGGAGCCACCCCUCCCCCGCCCCCCUCCUUCAUCCCCCGUCGGGGUUACCAAUGUUGUUGAUGUUGUUGAUGUUGAUGUUGUUGUUGUUGUGAAGGGAGGAAAUGAUGUUACUUUCUCCUCGUUUCAUUCCAAGGAAGAUAGAAUGUUUGGGAUACAUUAACGGAUAUUCUGGAUUUUUCUAUGUAUUCCCGUUCAUCCAAAAUAGGGUAGAUCGAACGCACCCUAUAAAAAAACUACGUGUUAUUGUCGUUUCCGGAAUUUAAGUCAUUCUUAGAAUUCGCGAUAUCGAUACCAGAGUCAAAAGAUUAAGCCUGUAGAGAGAAUUUCAAUAGCCAUAUUGGAAUUUCCAAUUGAUAAACAAUUAUAUUCUCCGUUUCGCAUCAUGUACUGGCUUUGUCAAGCCUCCAAGAAAUAAGAAAGAAAAUCAAGCAAGGGUCAUUUCAGAACGUAGUUGGUCGCAUGUUAGUAGACGAGUGUGUGGUUGUUGCGAAAAGUCUGUUUGUCUGUUGGAAAAGUUAAGGUCUUUUGCUCGACGAUUUAAGGUGAGUUACUGUUUAAUACAAUCUAUUACAUUUCCUUGAGCACUGCAUGUACUGCUGUUACGCUAUCCCACUGCGUUUAAAUUGUAAAGUAGACCCAAAGUGCUACUGUACCUGAUGGUGCGGCUACAUUUACAAAAAUGCUGUUGUCAAGACCAACGAUCCCUUGAACGAAAAUAUAGUUUUUCUUCCGUAAAUCGGACCAACUUCGUGUUUUUUAAAAACAUGAGAUAUUUAUUAGCGGGUGCCGCGGCUAAUGAACAGUUCAAACAAACCUCAGUACAACCGUAUGUACGAAUGACUUUUACCUUUAUCAACUAUAACGCCCAAAAACAAAACAAACAACUCGUGGCCUGCGUAGCAGCUGACAUUCCUACUACCUUAAAGUACACCAGGAACACUGAGCGCAAACGCUUUUUCGCACGCUAACCUCUCCUUAUUCGCUUUUCUCUCUUCCUUUUUUGGGUUUAAUGGACAAAGGCGUUAUAUAAGUUACAUAUGUAAUGAUUCCAUAAUUGUUAUUGGUCGAUACGCUUUGUAUAAACUUUGAACGAAACCGGAAUUCUGAUCAUCAAUUUCUGCAUCAGUUGUCUCAUAUUGAGAUUAAUGAACAAAGAAGUUAUUAUAUUUUUGGGAAAAAAGCUUUCACUCUUUGCGGAUACUUGUUUGGAGCAUGUCAUAAAACUGGGCAAUGAAGUGGAUGUCUAAAACAUGAUCUUAACUGGUAAAACAUGGAUUUGUUUGUUUGUCUUUUCUCCGAUAAGUUCUCUUUAAAAGUUAUGAGCUGUUAAGGACGUAAUUGUUAGUUUCAAUAAAUGUACUAGAUUAACAGGAUUAUGGGAACAUUAUUUGCCCUUGUCACAUUAUUAAAGGCCAGAAAAAGUUUAUCAAAAUUCAUUAUUUAUUAAUUAAAAACUCGGGACACUCAAAAACAUUGUAUGAUUAUUCCCUUUGUUCAUGAAUUUAACAGCUUCAAGUUCCCGCUUAGCUAAUCUGUGCUGAUGUAUAUCAAAACCAUAGAGGGGGACUAAUAAUUUUUUUGUCUGAAUUCUAGAAAUCCACAUCACUUGACAACUUUUCGUUUGAAAAGCAUGAUCUUUAAUACGAAAACAAUAUCAAAAUCCGUUUACGAACCGACUUUCCAUGUUUAACAAUCCAGUCCAUGUUUUACAAAUCCAUUACACCAUGCCCUGUAUACUAUUUGUUCUCUAUCACAGUUGGUCCUCCAUUAAAUCGAGCGAAAAAAUGAGCAAAAGUAAUAACUCAAUCGAAUUUUUUUAACUGAAAGGCAUAGUAGAGACUCAUAAAAUAGCUUUAAAAAAUAACGAGAGGUCAGGCUAGGUCACUCUCUGUUUGGACGUAAAUUGACAUCUUUAAAAUUUUAGCCCUAAAUGGCCGCCUAUCUUCAAUCCUUGAUCACGUCCUCUGUCAAAUUAAAAUAAGCGGCUUGCUAUCGACCAAGUGGGGCAAAAACAAGAAGUAUUUUUUAUUUGGUAAAUAAAAGACGUCACUCCGUGUGUUUGUAGCUAAAGAACUGCUUCAGUUCUAUUCACAACGGAAUACUUACUUUGUAACUUGGUUUGUUUAUAGGGAUGUCCCAUACAGACCCACUUUUUAAUCCAUCUAGUGAAUUCACUCUUAUCUAAGCUUAAAGACAAAUGCUGUCCAAAUUUCGUUUAUCCUUAAAAGGCCUGUUUACACAGCCUAUUUUUUGUGUGAUUUCGUGACAAUUUUUUUGGCAACCCCGACUUUUUCGUCUUUUCAUUGUUUAGUUAAGGCAUGGAGGCAAAAAGACUAUUGAAAGGAAUCAUCCCAAGGCUAGACUUCUUUUUCGCUAAAGUUUGCAUGCAAACUUAAGACCAUCUUCAUAUUAAAAAAAGAUCAGAGAUUAACCAUCACUUUUUGUAUCGAUGCUUUCACGCAGCUGCAUACAAUGCCACUAAAGAUACCACAAGCUGCACGCUGCCCAAGGUGCAAUGAUAGAGUUUACGCAGCUGAAGAAGUCAUGGGGGCAGGAUCAAAGUGGCACAAAAAAUGCUUCUCCUGCAAAGAUUGUAAGAAAAAGCUAGACAGUACCAACUGCAGCGACAAUAACGGUAGGUCAGCGUUCAAUUGUCUGGUCACGCGUGACAACAAGAAAUUUGAUCACAUUCAUAGCCUGCAUUUAUACGAGGAAAAAUAAGACGCGUCUUCUGGACCAUUUAUACGAGCACGUCUUAUCUAAGUCUUCUGUAUACUUAAACUUACUUUUAAAGUGUAAGUUUAUAAUACGAAGAUAGCAAUUUGAUUAGUAAAUUAUAAAUUGUGAUAGUUUAAAAGGGUCUACUUACACCAGCAGAUGUCACGCAUUUUUCCAGGAGGUCUAUUAUCGCCUUCUCCUUACAUAAUAACAACAAAUAUUUUUCCUCGGCGAUGGACCAAGUGUUUCUUUUUACCUUUAACGGCGUGCUCAUUGUAUUUAAGCGAAGAAAAAAACAAAGCAGAAUGGACAAGGAAACGAAAACGCGUUGUAAUUUGUAAACAUUUUUUCCCCGCCAGUGGCCUGCCAGUCCACCGCGGGGCAAGCGAUAAUUUUCCCGCCAAGAAUUAACGCGUGCGUAUGCGUUCGCGUCUUAUGUACGACGCGAAGGUCAGUUAUCAGAAGUUUUUCUCGCCUUAGCUAAGACGCGUCUUAUCUAAGAACAGGUGUUAAGGGCUGUUCUAAAGUAAGACGCGUCUUAGCUAAGUCGCGUCUUAUUUUAGAAGAAAUGUGCCGUUUAUACGGAAAGUUCGCGUGUUAUUUAAGACGCGUCUUAUUUUUCCUCGUAUAAAUGGCCCUAUUGAGAUUGGUAGGCUACCCCCAGGGUUAAACUUGAAACUACACAACCUGUAACUUAUAGUACUGAUGAGGAGAAGUUAUUUAAAAAUCAAUUCCUUUUCUCCUUGUUUAUCAUUUCACUCACCGUAAAUGACCUAAUAAACGCCCGGGGUGUGAUCGAAGCGGUGCCGUUUACUAGGUAGGUAAUAGGUACUAGGAGGCGUUUAAAUGAGAGGGGCCUUUAUUCUCACAACUGUAACAAGCUCAGAAAAACUAUCGCUCUUUCAAAUCCCAACAGCAAUGUCAGAAUUCUCCCUCAGGGUCACUGUGUUGCCAUCUUUAGUCUAUCCUUACUUUGAACUUGACAUUGAACAAGAUGAAAUACGUAACGCCUAAUGUUAAUCGAGCAAGAAACUGAAUAAAUUGAAUGAUUUUGUUCCUUUUUGCUACUAUUCUUCGUAUUUUGGAGUAAUUCUGAUAGGGGGCGUUUAUUAGACAGGGGCGUGUACUAAAAUUUUAACAGCAUAGAGGAGGCAUUUAUUCGAGGCGUUUAUUUGGAAGUAGGCACUUAUAAGGUCAUUUACGGUAUUCUCAAGACCUUUGUUAUUUUAAGGAGAAAUAAGAUGUUAAUCGCUAUUAAGGAAUAAUUUAGGGUUAUGGGUGGCACCCCUUUUAUGCUUUGUAGGCUGAAAGUAAAUUAUUUUCAUCUAACUUUAGGUGAAAUCUACUGCAAAACAUGUCACGGCAAGAACUUUGGAACUAAAGGUUACGGUUAUGGAGGAGGAGCAGGAGCUCUUACUCGCACACAGUGA